AUGCCCCAUCGUCCACUAAUUGGAAAUUGGUUUGAGGAGGAUGCCUAUGAGCGGGAUCGGACGCAGCUUAUACAGAGCCGUUAUGGCGGCCUUAUCGACGCUCGCAGUGAGGUCGCCCGUAUCGCCGCGAAGAUUACGCAUCACAACACGCCUACCGAAAUCGCCAGUAUUGCCUCUGAUGGCUAUCUACGUUUUUUUCGCCCGAUGAUGCUCCAAAACGCGUGCACGUUAGGUUAUCUUAGCGUCGAUCUCGAGGACCGCGUACAAACAACGACGGGAUGGCGUAUAAAUUGCUCAACCGCGGCCGUGGACGGGGCGAAUCGGCGGAGUGUCUUUAUGCUUCUCCCUUCUCCUGCUCCGCUUGUCGGAAGUUAUCCAGUUCCCCUUGGUGAGGAGGACAUCGUGCACUACGGGCAGCCUUUUUAUAUUACCACGAUCAAAUCGCUUUGCGAGGAGCCUCUUUCGCUCGUGUCUGAAUUUUCGCUGAAUCGAUCCUAUUCGAAGGCGUCUGGAAAGCAUCAGGAAGUGUAUUUUUCUCCAGAUGGUGGGAGUGCAGCAUGUAUGUGGUAUGUGGUUCACAAAGAUCCGGAUUGUGUGGAGGAUAUGCGCGAUCACCCCGUGCGCGCACAAGACGCGAUUAUGAUUCAGCAUAACAUGACGAACGCCCCACUCGCGAGCACCGAAUCGGUUUUUUAUAAUGAUUUUGGCACCCAAAAUGAGGUUUGCGCUGGGCGUUUUUUGAGAUACGCCUCGAAACGACGCGCCGGACCGAUCGAGAAUGAAAAUUGCUGGAUUUUUAUCCACCAUGGACAAGGCGCGCCGGAAGGGGUGAAUUCAACAACGACGGUAGAAUCUACUAUUGAUCCCAAUGCGGAAACUAACUUCUCAUCUAAUGCAGGCAAUAUUACUGCUAAUACUACCGUUGAUACUUCCAAUGUGAAUAAUAGUAGAUUUCAUACAAGGGGAGAACGUUCUGUCAGGUGGGAAGACGAGAAGAGAUAG